AUGAUAAAGGGUGUGUUAAUAAUUAACACAAAUGGAAAGCCUCGGUUUUUGCGUUUUUAUGAUGGAAGUAAUCAUGAAAGGCAACAAUUAAUAACAAAAAAAAUCCACGAAAUAAUUAUAAAAAGGCCAUCAAAUGAAUGCUGUUGUUUUAUUGAUAAUGAGGAAUUGUUUGGUUUCGAUGCAAAAGUUGUAUAUAGACACUUUGCUACGUUAUUCUUUGUUUUUAUAAUUGAUUCCAUGGAAAGUGAAUUGGGGAUUUUGGAUUUAAUUCAGGUUUUUGUGCAAGUUUUGGAUGUGAAUUUUGAAAAUGUUUGUGAGCUAGAUUUAGUAUAUAAUUAUGAACAGAUAAAUUAUAUAUUGGAUGAAAUCGUAAUGGGAGGAAUCGUACUGGAAACAAACAUUGAUGCUAUACUGGAUUCGAUAAAUGGGUCUAAAAAAUUAAUUGAUAAUGAAUCUUCAUUUUUUGGCGAUUAA